AUCACUCCGAUUCACUUACGUAGUUCUGUGUUCGUUUUGUUUAUUUUGGUAGCUACGGGAUUUUAUGUGGUUGUAAAAUUAUCAUUCGUUUUGUUGGGAUGAAACGAAAUUUUCAGCGUACUGUGUAGUGUAAUACAGUUAUCAUUUUCGUGGCGUGACAACAAAAGGGACCCAACUCAGCGAUGACGUGUUGAAAUAAAAUAAAAAAGAAAGAAAAAUCUAUAAAAUAUGUAAGGUAAAUAAAUCCGUGCCGCGUAAAUGGGCUAGAGGUCGGUGUAACGAGUACUGUACACGUACAAACAUGGGGACGGUGGCUGUGAGUGUGUUCAGGCGGGUCAUCUCUAUCGCUCUACUUGGAUGGAUUACUGGUACAAUAGCGCUAAGGGACGUGGCGCUCUUAGCCCCCUCCGCCGUCAGUUUAGGGGACACCGUACAGCUCGGCUGCAAGUGGACCCUCGAAGGUAACGAGACGCUCUACAGCGUCAAGUGGUACCGAGGAAGGCAGGAGUUCUUCAGCUACCUGCCCAAGGAGUAUCCCUUCACGAGGAUAUUUGCACAACCGGGAAUUGACGUUGAUGUAUCCCGGUCAACCUCCCAGCAGGUAGUGUUGCGGGAGGCGACGCGCGCGCUGGCGGGGCGGUACCGAUGCGAGGUGUCGGCAGACGCGCCGUCCUUCCACACGCAAGUGCGCUCAGCGCUAAUACAUGUCGUUGAAUUACCACCAGACAAGCCGACAAUCAAAGCGGAGAAGGGCUGGUACGCAUCAGGCGACUCGCUGCGCGCGCAGUGCACCUCUCCCCCCGCCGACCCGCCCGCUAACCUCACUUGGCUACUCAACGGAAGAGAUAUCCAAGGCAAGCCCAUCAUCCUGCAGCGGAUACUGCCGAGUCCAGCGAUCUCGAUCAACCUGCCGCGCUCCGACCGCAGCACGGCAGCGCCGGGCGACGAGAACAGCAACAUAAUAUUCAGUCCGUGGAAAGCGUUCGGCCCUUUCGUUGAUACUGUACAAGAUGGAGAGAUCCUACCAAGUCAAGACACAGUCGUGUUCCCGACGCAGAAAGGCCACGACACUCUGGAAGAAGACAUCACUGAUCCAAUACCCACUGUACAAUCAUCCAAAAAGGUGGCAUCAAUAAGCCAGCUGUCUUUCAUGGUGCGCCCGGACAGCUUCGAGCGGGGCCAGCUGCGCCUGACCUGCAUCUCCACCGUGCACUCCGUGUACGACGAGCGCGCCGAGCUCGUGAUAAACGAGGAGCGGCCGCAGAUAGCCUCGGUCCUCGGCACCAGGGACCGGUCCUCAGGUCCUGUAGAAGCAUCAUUGCUGCUUGUCAUACUCAGUUUUACCUUCAGAGAAGUUUUAAGAGUGAUCCUGCGAUGAUGUAUGGCCUAAUGGAGUUAGGAAAUUAGCAGUUUUGUAAAUAGAUAAGAGAUUUUAAACAACAUGUGAAUUACAUUAGUAUUUAAAGGUUACACUAUUAUUAUUUUUAUUAUUUUCAUCAUACGUUGUAUAGAGAAAUAGAAAGGAAGAAAUAAAAAUUAAUGAACAUGAGGUAAUAGAAAAAUAAUUUAAGUUAUGGUUAACUAAAUGAAAGUUAGCCCGCUGCUAACUUGUUAAUUAUUAAAUAUAACGUUAAUCAUCUAAUGAUUUUUAUUUAAGAAGCUAUAACAAGUGUUGAUUUGUUACGAUGUAACAAACAAUUAAAAUAAUUAUUGUAUUAAAAUGAGAUAAAGUUAAAGUUUUUAUUUCAUUAUCUUUUCAUUAAUCAUACUUGUUGAAUUGAAUUUAUUAGGACUAAAUAAUUUUUUUUAUUAAGUUUUUUAUUUUCAAUAAUGUAUGAUCAACCAUAAAUAUAUAUAUAGUUCCAUUAGUAUUCCAAUAUAGUUAAAUUAAAAUAUUCUUAUGUAAUAUAAUAUGGUUGUGUACCUAACCUUUAUUAAAUCUACUUGUUACCAUUGUUAGUUUAUCACAAUAUUUUAAUAAAUUUGUUAAUUUCCAUCACUUUUUACAUUCCCUAAUACAACGAAUAAUACAUAAAGGUAAAUAAAACUGAUUUUGUAUUAGAAUUAUGUUAAAUAGUGAUCCUAAAUAAUAGUUGGAAGAUUGUUUACUGAAUAAAAUCUAUAUAAAUAUAAGUAUUUCAGUUUAGGUUUGCAUCGAAUCCAGUGUUUAUUCAAUCAAUUGAGAAAUACGAGUAGACAACCCAGUGUACAAUUUGAGUUAUUUCGUACUAAACGAUCCUUUUCCUAUUUUGUUAAAAUUGAUAGUUAGUUAGUAGAUAGUUUUUGUUAUAAUUGGUAUCAAAAAAUCCCUAGUGCAUUUGAAAUACUGCAAGUAGUCAAUGUUCAAUAUUUUAACAAAAUAACAAUCUAUUCUAAUAUUAUAAAGCUGAAAAGUUUGUUGUUUGAACUACUGGUCUGAUUUGAAAAAUUCUUUCAAUGUUAGAUAGCCCAUUGAUCGAGGAAGGCUAUAGGCUAUAUAUUAUCCUCGUAUUCUUACGGGAACGGGAAACACGCGAGAGAAACCGCGCGCGUCGCUAAAACUUUCGUUAAUAUUAAUUACUAUUAAUAUUUACGAAAGUGUUUGUCUCUGCUAAUUGAACACAAAACAGAACAAUAUUAAAUAGCCGACGCUCGAAACAAUUCCAUUUUUGCCAAAUCCUGCGGGAACCAUGAUUUUUUCGGAAUAAAAAGUAGUUUUAUAACAAUCUUAUCCAAAUCGGUUCAAUAAUUGGAGUGAAGGAGUAACAAACAUACCAACUUUCGUCUUUAUAAUAUUACGAAUAGUUUGAUAUAAAAUUCUAAAACAAACAUUUAUUUUCUUCGAAAAGAACUUCUUCAGAUUUGUGUCAACUUUCCACGGUAGAAUCUACAUUCCGAACCGUUUCUAGAGUCGCUAUUAGCAGACAUAAUUAUGUUA